UUCAGUUUUCAUAGUGUCUACAUGUAUUAAACAUGUGAAGUAUGGCGGACGAAAACCAGCCUUGUUCUUCUAAGAAGAGGAAAAGAAAUACGGAAAUGGAAACGAAAAUUAAAUUUUCAUUUUCUCUCACGAAUAAAAUUGGUAUGCUUGCCGGAGCACUUGAUAUAUUGAAGAGCCACGAAGUGAACCUUUGCCAUAUAAACUCUACACCCAACACGGAGAAUAGUGAAGAGUUCCAUUUCAUUGUGAUCUGUGACAAUACUGGAGAGCUGAAAGAAGCAUUUGCUAAACUCAAAAAAAUUGCUAUUAACUUUGAGAUUAUGUCAGUCCCGUGGUUUCCUAAAGAUAUUGGUGAUCUAGACAAUAUUGAUCCCAAAACAUUCACAAGUGGAGAAGAACUGAAGGCGGAACAUCCGGGUUUCAAUGAUGCUGAGUACAAAAAAAGAAGAACUGAAGUGGCUAAAUUGUCUUGCGAUUACAAACAUGACCACAAAAUCCCAAGAGUGUAUUAUACAAAGGAGGAACGCAACACAUGGGGAACCGUUUAUAAUAAACUGGUCGAGUUAUAUCCUGAUCAUGCCUGUGCAACAUUCAACAGAAACUUCCAACUGCUACAAACCGAAUGUAACUACAGAGCCACCGACAUUCCGCAACUUGAAGUCGUGUCCAAGUUUUUACAGAAUCGCACUGGAUUCAGAUUAAGACCUGCGCCAGGACUAAUUUCUCCUCGUGACUUCUUAGCAGCACUGGCUUUACGGACUUUCUAUACUACGCAGUAUAUACGUCAUAAAUCCAAACCAGAAUUCACACCCGAGCCUGAUAUUUGUCACGAGUUGUUGGGCCACGUACCUCUUUUUGCUGACGAAGACUUUGCUCAGUUUGCCCAAGAAAUAGGACUAGCGAGCCUUGGAGCCCCAUUUAAACAUAUCAGAAAAUUGUCUAGGUUGUAUUGGUACACUGUUGAAGUUGGUCUGUUGAAAGAAGAUGGUAAAAAAAAAGUGUACGGAGCCGCAUUGUUGUCCUCAGCUCAUGAAUUGGAUCUUUGUCUGAGAGAUUCUGCAAAGAUAGAAAUUUUCGAUCCUGAAGAGACAUGUAAAAAAAAACCUAUACUCUCAGAAACCCAGAACACUUAUUUUGAGACAGAAAGUUUUGACAUCUUAAAUGAGAAAAUGAGAAAGUUUGCAGAAACCAAUAGCCGUCCCUUCGAUGUUGAAGCAAUCUGGAGUGCGGAGGGAAUCUUUUUAAAAAGAUGCUGAUGACAUGAAGAGUGAAUCAAUUUUUUUUUCUUCUGGAUAUCUUUCGGUUUUCAAGGUAGAUUUUCGUAUCUUUGUCUGGGGGUAUCUUAACCUUAAGCUCUGUGUUGAUUGCUGAUUUUGUUUCUGUUGUACUUGUUUUCUUUUGUUUUAAUUUGUAUUUUUAUUAAGGUCUUCCGUUUUAAUCGGAAUUAUUUUGUUAAGCAUUGUAUAAGAGAAAAUGUUUUCUAAUAAUGUUUCAAAUCGAAUAAACUAAUCAACACCAAUAUAAGUCCCCAUAAUAGAUCUAGAGGGCUGGCCCCUAAAAUAUUCCAUUAUUUGUAUCUCAAAAAUGAACAACAAUUAUUUCAGAUUAAUUUAAGAACAAAAAAUGUUAGUAUUCUUAAGACCUUUUCAAGGAAAUGAAGCAAAAGGGGUUGGUGUACUAAUGGAUUUUUAUGCACUAUCUUAAAGUUUGGAGGGGGGGGGGGUUAUUUCUGAAAUUGUUUGGCUAAUUCACGGUAUCAUUUAAAACAAAAAUCGCACGAAAGACAUACUCAUUACUCGUAACGAGAUCGUAUCUAGUUUUAAAAAUAAUAAUGAUAAUAAUAAUAAUUAUUA